AUGCGGGGGACCUUGGAAACAGCGAUUGUCGCCAACGUGGAGAGCUACGAUGCGACUUUGGACAUGCUUUUGACCAGCGAUCUUCCACUAGCUUGCGUCAUCCUCAUCUGGCGACCUCAUUGCCAGCGCAUGCGGAUGCAGCCGUUACGUUAUUUAUUAUAUGAGUCUAGUUUCAAGACUGGUAUAAGAAGGACACGCCUCGUCAAUUUUCCAAGUUGCGGUUUGCAGCACUAG